UCUGAAAAGAGCGCCUUGCUUAAAACAGUGGAGACGUUACCUGAAGUGUCCUUUUAUUCCUCCGCCUCCAUCACUGUGACCAUGAGUUUCCUCAGUGGUCCAAGCAGCAGCACCAUCCAGGAACAGAGAGACCGAUGGGAGAGAAAACGCACCCGCACGGCCAAGGAGUUGGUGAAGACUGAACAGCAGUACUGCCAACAGCUGGAGCUGGUCACAACUUACUUUGUGGAAAUCUUGAAGGCCAAAGGAACCCUGAGGCAGGACAUUAGAGAAAACAUCUUCAGUUCAAUUAAAGCAAUUCACUCCAUAAACCAGUCUCUUUUGGUCCAUUUGGAGAAUGGCUACUUUGGUCGGGGAUUUGACCAGUUCUGUCCACAUUUGCAGCACUACAACACAUAUGUGGACAACAUCUAUAAUGCCAGCAAAGUGCUUGGGAUCCAGCUGAAGAAAAACAAGACCUUCAGACGUUUCAAGAAACUACAGGAGGCACGGCCGGAGUUCAACAACCAAAGGCUUGAGGAGUUACUGCAACUGCCUGUUCUAAGGAUUGAUCAGUAUAAGCAUUUCUUGCAAGACCUGGCUGCCAACACAUGUCCAGACACUCCAGAGUUUGAGCAGCUUUCAAGGGCAGUGACUGCAGUGUGCGAGGUGUCCCAGCGCAUCGAGAACAAUACGAGGCGCCAUGAGAACCACCUGCAGCUUUGCCGGGUGCAGAGACUGCUGAAAGGACGGAGUACAAAGGUGCUGGCUGCAGGGAGAUGGUACAUCCGCGAGGGCUGGCUAAAACUGGUUCCUCCCAAAGGUAAGGAGGCCAAACCCAAGAUGUUCUUCCUGUUCUCUGACAUGCUGCUGCAGGCCAAGCGCUGCAGCCAGCUACAUCCCACCAAUGGAGACAAGUUCACGGGCCAGCACAUGUACCCCCUGCAGGACUGCACUGUGGAGAAGGUGUUUGGGCACACCAAGAGCCGAGGAGGCCUGCUCAGUCUAAACUUCCCCAAAGCCAAAGUGCUGUUGAUGUCCAGCAACCAGGAGGAUCUGAAUGACUGGUACCAAAGCCUGAGCUCAGCAGUCAGGAAGCUGCAGUCCAAACAGACGGUGGUCUAUCACAGAGACAAUCCUGUCCACGCUGCUGCUGCUGCUGCUGCUGACGACCACAACGCACUGAGCAGCAGCGACGGUAACGCUGGAAGGAAGAGGAACUUGGAGGCUCACAAACCUCCGGUUGAGUGGGAAAGCAGCGCCCCCAAGAGGAUGAAGCAGUCCACUGCUCCAGAGCAGAGCAGUGCUGAGGAAUCCAGCUCGAGCUGUGUGAUCCUCUAACGCGGCCACUGUCGUUUCGGCCUCUCUGAUUGGACAGUCAGGAGAGGCGUGGCUCGUGACUAACAGCAGCUUCAGCUUCUGCUCACCCUGUGCAAUAUAAACUAUCAUGACAUGCUGCUGCUUUUAAAGACCAAAAUAUCUGAUGAAUGUUUAUCAGCUCCUAGUGAUCCAUUCAGCAAAGAUGCAUCUACUGACCGUCACUGCUAACGCACCACUCCACGAGUCGACAUUUUAUUAUAUUUAUACUUAUUUACAGGCAGAAUUCAGAAGCAGGGGAUAAAAUGGAGGUAGAUACCAGAGUAGUAGCUAGAAAGAAACUAUAAUUACAUGGAGAAAUGGUGUAAAUGUCACUUUAUUACAUGACAAACCAAGGCAAUAGGUGCAGGUUCACAAAUACUCAUUCUGUUUAAACACGUUUCACUUUCUACUGAUUUCAAAUUUGGAGAUGUGCACACUGUUUGUUUAUUUAUAGUCUUUACCAGCAAUGAAGCAGCCAUGUUACAUCCACGUCACGUGGGUUUUUAUCUGUCAUUACGUCAUUAUCAGCCACUGAAAUAAUGACUUUUUUACUCCAAAAAUGACCACAUAUUUAACAACUAAUUUAAAUUGAAAUAAUUGUGAAAUUUGCACUACUAGAAAAUACAUAACAUAUUUUAUAUGUUAUUUUCCUUUUUCCAGAAGGACACUUAUUAAAGAAAUGUAUUCUGUAGUAAUUUCCUCAUAAUGCCAAAAGACUGAUGUCUUUAUGACUCGUGUCCCGAAAAUACCAAAAUGCCCUCUUAGUUCAUGUCCUAACAACCCUUAGAUGUCCUCACAAACUAAAAAGUCCUAGCUCAGACCACUCAGAACAUUAAAAAAAAUAAAUGUCCUCAUAAAGCUAAAAAGUUCUUAAAACAUAUAAAUGUCCUUACAAGUCAAAAUGUCCGUUUACAAACUAAAAUGUCCUC